GGGAAGAGGGAGGGAGGAGAGCCGUCUGCUCUUAAGGCAGGUCUGGAGGUGAACCACACCUCCCCUUACUCCACACCUGGACUUUGAGCAGCCUUGGUCCCAGGAGCCAGGAGUGAACACAGCAAUCUGCCUGCCCGGACUCCAGAUUCUGGAAGCUCCUGGUUGGCAAGUGACAUAUCUGGGGUGUAAGUGAGGCUGGUUUGAAGCUAGAGGCAAACAGACAGCCACUGCCCCCACCAUGUCACAAGUGAUGUCCAGCCCCCUGCUGGCAGGAGGCCAUGCAGUCGGCUUGACUCCCUGCGAAGAACCCAGGAGGACCCUGCACCCAGCAACCAGCCCUGGCCUGCCACCCCAAUGUCCUUACUACACCACAGAAGGCUGGGGAGCCCAGGGCCUGAUGGCUCCUACGCCUUUCAAGGGGUCCCCCAGCAGGCUCCAACAGGGCCCAGAGACUGGAGCCAAAGCCAGCCGCCUCCUACAGUCCCCCGCUGAGCAGACCUCGGGGACCCUGGAGGACCUCAACUCCUACAUUGACUUCUCACUGGAGAGCCUCAACCAGAUGAUUCUGGAACUGGACCCCACCUUCCAGCUGCUCCCCCCAGGAACUGGUAGCCCCUGGACUGAGCCCACCCAGAGCACUACCUCAAGGAAAAAGAAAGACGACACUGAAGCCUUGGACAUAAAGUACAUCGAGGUGAGCUCCACCAGAUCAAGGGGUCCCGAUGGCCCCCAGUGCUGCUCCAGCCCAUCUGCCACCCCGCCCUUUGGCUCCCCACGCAGUGGUGGCCUCCUCCUUUCCAGAGACAUCCCUCGAGAGACUCGAAGCAGCAGUGAGAGCCUCAUCUUCUCUGGGAGCCAGGGCAGGGGGCACCAACGCACCCCUCCUCCUUCAGGGGCUCCCUCUUCCCAUCCUCCACCCUCUCCCAGCAUCUCCAUCCCCUGCAUGAGGAGCAAGGCCUCGGGCUCCCACGGCUUGGGAUCCCCACUGGCGGCUUCUCCAGGCUUAGAGAAGGGGCUGGCCCCACAGCGAGGCAGCCGGGUCUCUGUGCUGUCAGCCAGCCCAGUGUCCGAUGGCAGCUAUGUGUUCGGAAGCAGCCAGUCCCUCAUCCACUCCAGCGUUUCCAGCCAUCAGUCAUCUUCUAGAUCCUUGGAAAGCCCAGCCAGCUCUUCCUCCAGCCUCCACAGCCUGGGCCAAGUGUCCCUGUGUACAAGAGCCAGCGACUCUCAGGUCCCCGGCAAUCCCACCUCAAACAUGGGCCAACCCAGAACAACUCAUUCCCCGCCAGCUGCCAAGGAGCAUGCCAGCAGCUGUCCACCAUCCAUCACCAACUCCAUGGUGGACAUACCCAUCGUGCUGAUCAAUGGCUGUCCAGAACCGGGGUCUCCCCCAACCCAGCAGAUUCCAAGACACCAGGACUUUGUCCGACCUGGGGCCACUUCUUCCAGCAACUCUUGUCCAGCCACCAGGAGCCACAGCCAGACCCUGCCAGAUGCCCCUCUCACCACAACCUCGGAGGGUCCCACCAGGGACAUGCAGCCCACCAUGAAGUUUGUGAUGGACACGUCUAAAUACUGGUUUAAGCCAAGCAUCACCCGGGAACAAGCAAUUGAGCUGCUGAGAAAAGAGGAGCCUGGGGCUUUCGUCGUGAGGGACAGUUCUUCCUACCGAGGUUCAUUUGGCCUUGCCUUGAAGGUCCAGGAGGCCCCUGCUCCUGCCACGAACCGGUCAGGUGAGGACAACAGCGACCUCAUCCGCCACUUCCUCAUCGAGUCUUCUGCCAAAGGGGUGCAUCUCAAAGGAGCAGACGAGGAACCCUACUUUGGGAGCCUCUCUGCCUUUGUGUGCCAGCAUUCCAUCAUGGCCCUGGCCCUACCCUGCAAACUCACCAUCCCACAGAAAGAAUUGGGAGGUGGAGUCUCCUCGGACACUACAGACAGCCAGGCCUCCUGCCUGAAGAAAUCUGCAGGCUGCCAUGCCCUGUACCUGACUUCUGUGAGCGUGGAGACCCUGAGCGGAGCCCUGGCCGUGCGGAAGGCCAUCUCAACCACCUUUGAGAGGGACGUCCUCCCCACACCCACUGUGGUCCACUUCAAAGUCACUGAUCAAGGCAUCACACUGACCGAUGUCCAGAGGAAGGUGUUUUUCCGGCGCCAUUACCCCCUCACUACCCUCCGCUUCUGUGGCAUGGACCCCGAGCAACGGAAGUGGCAAAAGUACUGCAAGCCCUCCUGGAUCUUCGGGUUUGUGGCCAAGAGCCAGACAGAGUCACAAGAGAAUGUGUGCCACCUGUUUGCGGAGUACGACCCAGUCCAGCCAGCCUCCCAGGUCAUCAGCCUUGUAGGUGCCCUGCUGCAGGACACAGAAAGGAUGUAGAG